GUCCUCUGCUUCUCCCCUUCUCAAAACUAAAAAAUAAACUCUCCCCUGCUCUCUCUCUGUUUUCGAGCUCUCCAAAAUUCACUCCACAAAUACCAAAAGACAAGAUUUCUUCAUCACUACAAGCAGAAACACCAAUAAACGAACAACAACAACACCCCUUUUGGAUUUCUUUUACCUCUCUUCGUUGCGCUCUCUCUCUCUCUCUCUUUAGUAUUCAUUUUCUAGAGAUGGAUUGCUCAAGAUUUGAUAUGUCUGGUAUCCGAUUCUGUUUUUACUUCAAUCGGAUUAGCCAUUAAUCCCAUACAAGAUUCUCAAAUCUCUUUUUACCAAAUUUGGAUCUUGAGAGAGCGAGCGAGAAGGUAAUUAUCAAUGGCUGCAGCUAAGAAUAAUUUUGGAAAAUCCAAGAAGGGUGUUGUUGAUGAAACUCGAAAGAUGAUGAUGGAACAAGAUUGGCAGCUUGAUAGAGGCAAAAAAGAAGCUGAUGUUAGCUUCGAGAGGAGGCAAUGGAAACCAGUUUUUGGUGAAGCUUCCUUGAUGGACAGGCCUUUGAAGAAAAUCUGUAGCCCUGAACGUCAAGAACAGAUACAAUCCUCUGCAUCUUUAGCUCAUCAAUUACCAACUUGUUUCUCUGUCUCUUCUAGCUCUGCCUCGACUCUGUCUCUGUAUCCGCCUUAUUCGUCGCCUUCACCUAUGUCAUCUUCAAGUUCAAGACUUGUGUUUCCUUUUGCCUUUGAAGGGUCUAGUCAACCUAUUCAGUGCCCUCAACAAUUUAGAACAAACCCUUCAUUGCCAAUUUUCCAUCCACUGUCUCAAGUUGCACAGAAUCAACAGCAAAUGAUUUCUUUUGGUCAAAACCAGCAACAUGGCAUUGCAUAUCCUCCGUUUUUUGCUGGAGGAUUACCAAUGGCUGACCACCAGCAGCAGCAGCAGCUGUUUCAGUACUGGAGUGAUGCAUUGAACUUAAGUCCGAGAGGAAGGAUGAUGAUGAUGAACAAGCUGGGGCCGGACGGGAGGCCAUUGUUUAGGCCUCCGAUUCAGCCUAUAAACACAAGAAAGCUUUACAGGGGAGUGAGACAAAGGCAUUGGGGAAAAUGGGUUGCCGAGAUUCGUCUCCCUCGAAAUAGGACUCGCCUUUGGCUAGGCACAUUUGAUACUGCCGAAGAUGCUGCCUUAGCUUAUGAUCGCGAGGCCUUCAAGUUAAGAGGAGAGAAUGCUAGGCUGAAUUUCCCUGAACUUUUCCUCAACAAAGAAAAAGCAACUUCCACAGCUCCAAGUUCAACAGUUUCUUCUCCGCCGACUUCCAAUCAAAGUUUAAAGCCAAAACAAGCCCAAGAAGGCCUUAACUUGCAGGCAGAAACCAUGUCACCACCAAUAUUACCACCACAACCACCACCAGAACAACCUCCAGGAGACCAUCCUGAUGAUGAUUCCGGGAUGGGUUCGAGUGGGGCUACUGUGAGUGAUGAGAUUCAGGCAGUGGCAGAGGGGUCUAGUGCAGGGGAAGGCAUUUCGGGGUCUCAAGAAUUGGAGUGGGGAGACAUGGCAGAAGCUUGGUAUAAUGCUAUUCAAGCAGGUUGGGGUCCAGGGAGUCCUGUGUGGGACGAUUUGGACUCCACUAACAAUCUUUUAUUACAAUCUCACCUUCCUUUUGUUAAUCCAAAUCAACAGCAGUUUAAUGAUUCUUGUUGUGUUCUCCAAGACAACAUGGGCUCAGCUUCUUCUUCUUCCUCCUCUUUCUUCCCAAUGAAGUCAUACUUUUUGAAGGAUCAAGAUUGAUUGACACAGUCAAACAUAAGUCUAGUUUCGCACUGGUAUAGCAUAGUAGCCUCUCUCUCUCUCUUACUUUUCUCUCUCAAAUUUUAGUCUUUUCUAGGAGGUUUAGGACCAUCCCCUUAGAUUUUAUUUUCCUCCACUGGUUGCUGAUUUUUUUAAUAAACCAAUUUAUGACUUUUGACCUGCCAUGCUUAGGAAACUAUGAUCUCUAGACUCACCUUUUUCUUUACUCACUGGUUGCAGAUUUUUCACAAACAACCUGUGAUUCCCUUGGAGCCUUACUUCCUUUUCUUAUCAGGAUUCCAAAAGCUUCAAACCACUCAUCCCUUUUUCUCCUUUCCAAACCUCCUUCACACAUUUUCUUGUUCCUAUCAAUCCUUUUCCAUUGCAUCUAUUGCACAAAGGCUGCAUAUUUCAGGCCUCUAUGCAAUGAAAAUCUAGCUUUAUAGCUCAUGCAUUUUCUUUCCUGCUGAUUUAUCUAUCCAGUCUCUAGGUAGUCUCCCUCAUCCUGCAUUCACAGUCUUGGUUUUACAUAUUUUUUUCUUAGCUGUUUCAGUACGGGAGAGAUGCAUUGAAAUACCGAGAUCAGGACCAGCAUAGAAGGAGACAGUUUGGUGAUCUCCCUCUUCAUUGGUCUAUCCAUCACAAGCUUAGUUUUUCUGCUUGGAGGAUGGAAUCAGACAUUUGUAAUUUUUGUACAUUUUGGAGUUCGUUAUGAUCUUUAUUAACGUUGUAAUGAUAUGCCUCCUCUUUUAUGAACAAUAGUUGUAAUGACAGAUAUUAAGUAAUUUGCAGCACUAUCAUCUUUCAUUAUCAA